CUGGCCAGUGCCGCGCACGGACCGUCAUGCUAUCUCCCGCAUUCCGCAUCAUCCUAGCUACUGUGUCGGUGACCACCGCCGUGAACGGCUGGUACCCGGGACAAGAUGCCCCCGGUCUUGCUCGUGACACUGCUCCGCCGAGCCAGGCCGAAUCGUUCAACUUCGAUGUGAACACCGGCUUCAACGUCCAGGAGAAGACCUCCGGCGAAGAUGCCACCGAAGUCGAUUACACUUUGGACAACGGUUCACCUUACCCCCAUCCAUACCAGUAUGUGCGGAUUGGAUCCGACGGUCCGCUUUUGCUGCAGGACACCCAUCUGCUCGAGCUCUUUGGGUCGUUCGAUCGUGAGCGCAUCCCUGAGCGCGUCGUUCAUGCUCGUGGUGCCGGUGCCCACGGCUAUUUUGAAGCCACGAAUGCCGAGUUUGCCAAGAACUACACUAUGAUGGACCUACUCAGUGAAGAUGGUCUUAGGACGCCAAUCACAAUCCGAUUCAGUACUGUGGGCGGUGAGUCAGGUUCUGCGGACGAAGCCCGCGACCCCCGCGGCUUCGCUAUCAAGUUUAGGACCAGGAAGGGUAUUCUCGACCUUGUGAUGAACAAUACGCCCGUCUUCUUCAUUCGGGAUCCGGCUAAGUUCCCGCACUUCAUCCACACUCAGAAGCGCCACCCGGCGAGCCAUUUGCGUGACAAGGACAUGUUUUGGGACUACCUUGGCUCCAAUCCCGAGUCGCUUUACCAGGUCAUGCGUCUCUUCUCUGACCUCGGAACGCCUUAUGGCUUCCGUCAUAUGCAUGCUUGGACUGGCCAUACCUAUCGAUGGGUGAAGCAGGACGGUUCAUGGGUAUAUGUCAAGUUGUACGCCGAAUCUAUGCAAGGCGUGAGGAACUUUACGAACGCGGAUGCGACUGCAAUUGCGGGCUUGAACCCCGAUUUCGCGACCCAGGACCUUUACGAGUCCAUCCAGAACGGCACAUACCCUGGUUGGACCAUGUACGCCCAGGUGCUCACUCCUCAGGAGGCCGAGACCUUCAAGUACAACGUUCUCGAUCUCACCAAGGACUGGGGCUUUGAUGAUGUCCCCAAGACUGAGAUCGGAAAGUUCUACCUCACGCAGAACCCUGACAAUUACUUCGCGGAGAUUGAGCAGGCCGCCUUCACGCCUUCUCACGCAGUGGAUGGCUGGGCACCCUCCGCCGACCCCGUCCUCCAGGCGCGGCUCUUCUCUUACCCUGAUACCCACCGUUACCGCCUGGGUGUCAACCACAUGCAAAUCCCGGUCAACGCUCCCAUUAAUCCCGUCGCCAACUUUGAGCGCGAUGGUGCCAUGAAUGUCAAUGGCAACCAGGGUUCGCGCCCCAAUUACCUUUCGACCCUGCAAAAAAUUAAUCUGCCUCCUCGGCCCUACGUUGAUGAGACGCACCAGCAAUGGACCGGUGGAGCAGUUGCAAGCCUUUCUGCGGUGACCGAAAUUGACUUCGAUUGGCCGCGCCGCUUCUGGAACAGCCUCUCUGCCCAAGAUCAGCAGAAUCUCAUAGACAACGUCGUAGGGCAUCUUGGUGCCGCUCCCACCGAGAGCGUCCGUCAACGCAUGGCCUCGCUCUUCUACCAUGCCAACGAGACCCUCGGCAAAGCCAUUGCGGACGGCGUUGGGGUCACGGUCACCCCGCUCACUUUCCCCGACGGCCCAACGUGGUUCAACGUUACCAAGGACACGCGGAACUCUACGCUCGAUUACUGAGUGUGCCAUCGGGAGUGGCUUUGUUUGAGUUUGGAGCCCGCAACUGUCGCUCUGGAAGCGAGAGCCUGGACCAAAGUCCUAGAAACGAUUACUUAUCAGAAGAUUUCUUGAUACGAUUUGGGAGCUGACGAAAUAUCCAUCUUCCCUUACUAUAAUUAGUUAUGAUCGUGCCCUCCUAACUGUAAUACGCUUCGCUGGUUUAACUUGUGUUAGUUCAUACAGCUGUUUUCCAUGACAGCAAGCCCC